AUGAACUCCAUUCUGCCAGCCCUUCUGGGCCUCACCCUCAUGCUAUCCCGAGGGCAGGCCCUGAUCUGUCAGUCGGGAACAUAUGAAACUGUGAGGGAAACAUCAGAACCGCCCUUGGAGUGGACAGUAGGUGCGGAAUUCUGCAUGGAUGGCUGGGGUUGCCAAGAUUCGCUUAUGCUCGUUGAGAAUGGACCCCAAGUGCUCCUAAUUCUCACCAAGGGCUGUACCCCGAAGGAGGAUCAUGAGGCCCGUGUCACCCAGCACAGGAAAGGCCCUGGUCUCUCCGUCGUCUCCUACACCCGUGUCUGUCGCCAUCAGAACUUCUGCAAUGAUCUCACCACCUCCCUCCCUGUCUGGAGCCUGCCCACCUCUGCAGUCCCAGGAUCUGUGCGGUGCCCAGUCUGCUUUGGUGAGGAAGACUGUGAAUCUGCAGUAGAAGUGACCUGCCCAUUUGGGCACAACCACUGCUACAAUGGGACCCUGCAGAUCAGGGGAGAUGGCAUCUUCACUGAUCUGAAAGUCCAGGGAUGCAUGUCCCAAAGAGCUUGCAACCUGCUUAAUGAGACUCGGGAAAUCGGGGCCUUAUCUGUGAAUGAAAAGUGUGAUUCUGUCGCUCGUCUGAUCUGUGAUAUGGGGAUCAUGCUUCAGAUGAAAGAAGACCUGGCUCAGAACCCCCUGCCUUGGGAUACAUUUUUGAACGUGACAUGUGAUUUGAAUGAGGUGUGUCAGGAGACACUGCUGCUCAUAGAUGUAGGACCUAAAUCACUCAUGGUGGGGAGCAAGGGCUGCAGCAAGACUGAGACACAGAAUUCCACGACUAUCUCCAUCCACUUGGCACCCCCUGGAGUGCUUGUCGCCUCCUAUGCCCAUUUCUGUUCUUCCAACGGGUGCAACAGAGCCACAAGUAGCAGUGUCCUGCUGAACUCCCUCCCUCGUCCAGCUGUCCCUGCCCCAGGAGACCUGCAGUGUCCUGCCUGUGUGCAUUUCAGAGGAUCCUGUUCAAACUCUGUAAAUGUCACGUGCCCUCGUGGUACCACUCAUUGUUAUAACAACGACCUCAAUCUCCAAGGUGGUGGGGUGUCUGCUGUAUUUAGCAUCCAGGGCUGCGUGGCCCAACCUUCCAGCUCCUUGUUGAAACACACCAAAAAUAUUGGGCAGUUCAUUGUAAGUGAGAAUGGGGCUGUUUCUGUUCACUGCCUGGCUUGGGUGGUGGGGUUGGGGUUAUCCCUAACCUUUUGGUGUGGGAUAAUCUCCCCUCUGACUCCAUUUACCCAUGAUUUUUCUCCCCUGCUGACCCCCUAA